CAAGAGCCUCCAAGCCACGCUUACUUUCUUUGAGAAUCAGAUUUGAAUGUGGAGCCACCCUCCGCUCUAGUCACAUAGGUCCCCAACUCUUUCAAGUGCUGAGUGUGAGCUGGCACACCUGUGGUGUCGAGACACUGUGCUGACUCUUACACACACAACUCCCGUUUCCUUUUGUGUGUGGGUAUGUCUCUGCGUGUCAGAACUGGAUCUGAGCAGCUUUGCACUGACUGCAUCCACGCAGAUGCGUGGACCUCCCAGAGCUUUAUUUUCAAAACUAACAGCAUUUUGCAGAAGGGGAAACAAAUCAAUCCUCUUGCUAUUAUUUAUGUGAUAUCGGGUCUGCUGGAUGGAUAUAGGAAUCACCAAGAAUUGUAAUCGUUUGUGGAGUGCAGCACUGGUUUCCCUGAGCUGUGUGGGCUGUGGCCCCUCUCGGGUCCCGUUCUCUGCAGUGGGAACAGAGACUAGUCAGGGUUUGGAGAUGAGCUUGGUGAACCGACUGUAUCAGUAUCUCCAACGAAAGGGAUAAGUGAGCAUCUAUUUAUGGCAGACAGGACAUGAUCCAUCUGUUUGCAGGUCUGGCAGGGGACCCGGCGGCGGCGGCGGCAGCGGUGCUGGUGGGAGAUGCCUGGGAGGCCCUCGGAGGCCCAUGUGGCACUCUAGGUGGGAUGCUGGCGUCCUGAAGGCCGAGGCCCUGGCCCUGCUCCCCUGCGGCCUGGGCAUGGCGUUUUCUCAGUCACACGUAAUGGCCGCCCGGCGACACCAGCAUGGCCGACUCAUCAUCGAGGUGGACGAGUACAGCUCCAACCCCACCCAGGCCUUCACCUUCUACAACAUCAACCAGGGCCGCUUCCAGCCACCCCAUGUGCAGAUGGUGGAUCCGGUACCUCACGAUGCCCCCAAGCCACCUGGCUACACACGCUUUGUCUGUGUUUCUGACACCCACUCGAGGACUGAUCCCAUUCAGAUGCCCUACGGCGACGUGCUGAUCCACGCAGGCGACUUCACGGAGCUGGGGCUCCCGAGCGAGGUGAAGAAGUUCAACGAGUGGCUGGGCAGCCUGCCUUACGAGUACAAGAUAGUGAUUGCCGGCAACCACGAGCUGACCUUCGACCAGGAGUUCAUGGCUGACCUCAUCAAGCAGGACUUCUACUAUUUCCCGUCUGUGUCCAAACUGAAGCCCGAGAACUAUGAGAACGUGCAGUCCCUGCUCACCAACUGCAUUUACCUACAGGACUCGGAGGUCACCGUGCGCGGCUUCAGGAUCUAUGGCUCCCCGUGGCAGCCCUGGUUCUAUGGCUGGGGAUUUAACCUCCCUCGAGGCCAAGCCCUGCUGGAGAAAUGGAACCUUAUCCCUGAAGGCGUUGAUGUCCUGAUAACGCAUGGACCACCACUGGGCUUCCUGGAUUGGGUCCCUAAGAAGAUGCAGCGUGUGGGCUGUGUGGAGCUGCUUAACACAGUCCAGAGGCGAGUUCAGCCGCGGCUGCAUGUCUUUGGCCACAUCCACGAAGUGGGUUCUGACCUUCGAUGCAGUUUCCCAUUCGGAGUCAUUGUGUUUGCUGAGCAGGAGCCCAGGACCCCUGAAGGGCUCAGUCUUCACCACACCACCGGCUACUGGGAGGUGGCACAGCGACAGUGGGCUGAGCUCCAGCUGCUCCACCUUGGGCUGCCGCCUUUCUUCCUAGGGAUAGGCCUAGGGGAGCCUGUUCCCCAGAGGGCAGAGCCAGCAGGGCCUGGGCCAUGGGGAGGGAGGGUCCGAGGCUUUCCUUGUUUAAAAUACUAUUUGUUCGUUGUGGACUAUUUUCACACUCAUUUUGAUUCUCGGUAAUUCAUCAUUAAAAUAGUGUCCUUUGUCCUGAUUCACGGUGUUCUACAACCCUUGUCAUGUCAUGAGCCUAACUGGGCCUCACUUCCUCAGUCUGGCCCCAGCCUUGGGAACCAGAUCUCCUGACACCUUUAUGCAGAUAUAAGGUUGCUUCAUCCACAGACAGUCCCGCAAGGUCCUGUUGCCUCAUUAUAGAGAUGAGGACACUGAGGCCAGAGAGGUGAGGCCACUUGCCUGAGGAUGCACAGCACAAACAGCCCUUGAUUAUUGCCCUCACAGUCCUCACAGACCUUGAUUAUCGCCCUCACAAGUUCUCUCCCUAAAGAGAAGGCUCCUGCUUAAUUUUGAAGAGUCCCAUUCAAAACUGGCUUCGGUUCAUUCUCGAUCAAGAGUCCUUUGGAUCCUGAGGAAUCUUGAGCUCUGAGUGCAGCAUCCCAGCAAGCUCAGUUCCUGAUUCCUUCCCAGAACUGAAUGAGCUGGGUUCAUCUGGCUAACUGCAGGUCAGGCUAUGUUCCUAGGAGCCCUGCAGUGCCCCAUAUUGACCAGGACAGGUCACCGGGCUACAGGAAUCCUGCUUGGGCCAAAUGAUUCCUGGUGGCUGGGGACAUGUCCAACGUCUCCCUCUGGUGCCUCAGAUGCGAGACGUGUUUGGGGCAGAGAAAACAUACCUCCCACGUACUGUCUUGGCCCCUCAGUUUCUAUAUGGACCAAGAACUAUAAACUUAAAAAUAAUGUUUUUCCUAAGGUAUCUUCAGAAUAUGGUGUAUUUUUAUGUGGGAAAGAAAAACUAUGAAGACAGCUGUUGCUUUAAGAGAAAAUUCAUUAAAAGUCCUGGAGGUUUGAAAGAUGACGGUGUGCUCCUCAAUCAUUUCAGCAUAACUUGAUUGUGGCUGUAAUUUUUUUUUUUUGUCAAGCAUGUUAGACAAUAAAGUCUUUGUAAA